AUGUCGCUGACGGCGCCGAAGAUAGUCUACUGGUUAAGGACGCCGACCUCCAACCAAGAGAUCAUCCGACUGCGGGUUCGAGCCCUGCUUCAGGUAUGCGACAGGGGGCCUCAGUCCCACAGCGGGACAUCCAACUCUGAGUUGGCCUUCACCCUGAACCCCCCAGCCCCUGUCAAGCUGUCCCACCCUGCCUCCUCUCCCCUCUCUUCUUCUCCCACUGCUCCUCUUUCUCCUCCCUCCUGGCCCCCACAGGCCCACCUGGACUCCCAGUCAGCCUUCUCCCUCCAUGAGGGGCGGGGGGAGGCGCCGGGGGCCCUGGAUGUGGACCCCCAGCCUCUUCAUCUUGAUUCACCUGAGAACUUCAGGGACCUGGGACAGCGAUCCUGUCACGAUGUGUCAACUUUAACAGACCUUUGCUCAGACCUGCCAGAGUUGGAGAUUGUGAGCCUCCUAUCAGAGGGGAAGCCCAACUACACUCUUAGAGCAGACAGUGUGUUUGGAUACGACAAUGACGACUGGCUGCACACCCCUCUGCUGCCCCCAACAGUCGCUCUGGGACUCACACAUGAGCAGAUUGAAGAGACGCUCAAGUACUUCUUGCUGUGCUCAGACAGGGUGGGCCAGGUCACCAAGACGUAUCAUGACAUCAAGGCAGUCAGCCAUCUACUGGAGGAGAAAGAGCGGGAUCUUGAGUUAGCAGCGCGGAUCGGUCAGUCCCUCCUGAAACAGAACCAAGAAAUAACCGCACGCAAUGAAAUGCUGGAUGAACAGCUUGAAAUUGCAAAGGAAGAGAUUGCUCAACUUCGUCAUGAGCUCUCGAUGCGAGACGAUCUCCUUCAAUUCUAUGCGAGCACUGAGGAGAUCGAGAACGCUGAAUCGCACUCACAAAUAAAAAGGAACGAAUCCUGCAGUUCUCUCAGCAACUUCGUCCACUAUGACUUCCUGCAGCAGAAACUGAAGGGUUUGGAGGACGAGAACCGCAAACUGCGAUUGGAGGCCAGUGAGCUCACAACAGAGACGACUAACUACGAGGAGCAAGAACAGGAGCUGAUGAUGGUGUGUGUGGAAGAACUCUCAUCCGUCAAUAAGCAAGUAGUCGACCUGUCCGAGGAGCUUGCGCGGAAAGUCGAGGACUCUCUGCGACAGCAGGAGGAGAUCAGCUCACUGCUCGCUCAGAUUGUUGACCUGCAGGCUCGUUGUAAAGUGCUGACCCAUGAGAAUGAGGAGCUGAACCAACACCUGAGUGCCUCCCGUGAGAGCCAGCUAAAUCUCCAAUCAGAGCUCAAGGACCUGCAGGACAAGUACUCUCAGUGUGAGGACAUGCUCCGCGAGGCCCGAGAGGACAUUAAGAACUUGCGGAAUAAGAGUCUACCCAACAGCACGGUGCAGCGGUACACCGCACUGGCCUCUGUCCUCCCCAUGGACUCACUGGCAGCCGAGAUAGAGGGCACCUUCCGAAAAGGCCUGGACACCCCGGCACCCUCAGAGUACAGGAACCAUCCAUGGCGUGUGUUUGAAACAGUGAAGGUGGUGAACAAGGCUGUGAGGCUGCGCUCUCGCUGCCACUCCCCGGGUCUGCCAGGCUCCAGCCCUCCGUCCACUCGCUCCAGUUGCACUAGCACCCCACGAACCAGCUACUAUGGCUCAGACAAUGCCAGCCUUACUCUGGAGGACAAGUCCAGCUGCAAUAACGCUCAAAAAGACGACAACAGUGGGCCAAAGCGUCUGGGCCAGCCGGGCACACCAGGAGGCCAGGACCUUGAAGCCGCCCUGCGCAGCCUGUCAGCCCGCCAGCAGAACCACUCCUCUGAGCGGCCUUUCUUUGAGGUGGAGCGUGAGCGUAAACUUCAUGCCUUGGCAGCAAACUGUGAGGAGGGAGAGGGCUCCAGUGGCUUCCUGACACCAAACGACAGCCUGGUCUCGAGCCCCGCAGCAUCGACGGGCACCAACUACUCCAACGGCAGCUCACGGCACUCCUGUGGCUCCUCAGGAGGAUCCAGGUCCUACCUGCCUGAUCGCCUGCAGAUCGUCAAACCUCUGGAAGGCUCGGUGACUCUGCACCAGUGGCAGCAGUUGGCCAAACCAAACCUGGGAGGCAUCCUGCAUCCACGUCCGGGCGUCCUGACUAAAGACUUCAGGGAACUUGAGGUCGACAUACAGCACGUCUACAGUCUGAAUGACCUGGAAGAGGAUGAACCGGACCUGUCGCAGCUCUCUGGAGCACAUGGCAUGGUCUCUCCAUCUGGUCCCAACCUCCCUCAGACCUCUCCCACUCAUACCAUUACCACCUGCCAAGUCCUCCAACCCUCCCUUCUCAUCCCCUCCUUCUCCAAUAGCCUUCACUCUUUCGGCCUGCCAUCUUGUCGGAACUGUGAGCUCGUGAGCACUUCAUCACUAUCCCACCAGCAGCACUUUGGCCCGGGAUGCCAGACCACUACCACCACAAAUGUAACCAAAUCAUCACCAGGACUGCUGCAGCUGCUGCAAGAGCGUGGCAUCUCAGCAUCUCCUUAUCCCCACCACCACCUGCACCACAGCCAUAGCACAGCACCUUCACUCUCCACAGCAAAAGACAAAGGUGGGGGCUCGCCUUCGGACAAGGAGGAUAGUGGGAACAUUUUCAGUUUGAACUUGGUGGAGAAGCUUCAGGGUCUGGGGUUGCACCGGGUGGCAGCCUUGGGGAUGACGGGCCGCAGAGGGAGAGAGAAGAAGUCAGUGAUCCACUGAAAGUUUGAUGAGGACUGUUCAUCACUUCCUCCUCUCUCAUUCACCGUAGUGACUUUGUAUCCAGACAUGUGAUCUCCACUGGGCAGUUCAGGACCUCGCAGCUAUGGUGUCUUGAAAACUAAAGCCACAGAAUGUGCUAGAGCCAUACUUUAAGUUGUCGGUAGUGUACAGUAAUAUUCUUUUCUAUGCAUGUGUGUACAGUAGUUGAGUGUGUGUGACAUCUUCAUCUCAGGAAAAUUACCUGAUUACCCAAUCAUCGUUCUGUUGACUGCAACCUGCAGAAUUAGCUUCUUUUUACACAAAAAAGAAACAUCGUGAAGAUAAAUUUUAUACCAUGUUUCAUGAUUGUAAUCGUAUACAUUUUCCUCGCUGCUGGUUUUAAAAAAAAAACCCCAUCAUCACCCAUUUUUAGUUUCCAAAGUGGAACAUUACUUAUGUGUAUAUAACAAAGUUGUCAUUUGGGAAAGUAAAAAAAAACAAAAAAAAAAAACACUGCAGUUAAUUAUUGUUACUCAAAACCACAAAACAAACCAAUGCUGUCAGCUCGUCAGUUUUUCUAGAUCUGGCUAUAAAAAUGAUGGAAUGCAGAUAUUAUGUGACUCGAGAUGUUUUGAUACUACUUUGUACUGGGUUAUUUUGGUCAAUACCUUAAAUAUAUUGAGUACUGAUACCCAGUCCUAAUGCUGUCACACUGAAGAAGUUUCAAAUGCACUAAAACACACUCUGGUUUUUCUGCUUACUAGCUGCUACAUUUAGAAAAGCAUGUUGUAUAUAAGAUUGUCAAAUGUACUGAAUGAAACACUUGAGAAAUUGAUCCAAGAAGUGUUUGCGCUGACAGAUGAUGCACUGACUGAAGUAAAAAAUGUUGAUGAUAUUAACAUCCUCCAGCUGUCUGCCCCACAGUUCACCACCUGCUUUCACGUAACACAUGUUGAUAGUGUCACCUGAAAGCUGUUGGGAUUUCUGACCUCGUCGGCUUUAUCCUCAGCCAAAACCUCACCAAAAAUAAAUCAGGUUUGCCACGCAGCAUCAAAGACAGCUAUCUUUAGAAGAAAAUGUGUGCACUGCGUUGACCGAAAAUCUUACUUGUACAAAUUUUACUGCAUUUCAUGUCAUCAGGAAUUUUGAACUGUCUGGGAUGUAAAUGAAAUCAAAACAAUUUAGGGCAUUCAAAGUGAGUUCCCCACAAUGUUAGGGAAAUCCUUAUUUAAAGUCGUGUGGUCCUAAUUAUUUUAAGGGCAUGUUUCUUUGAAAUCUUUCUGAACAAUUAACUGUAGCAAAAAAAGGCAUAGGAUACCGUGGAUCAAAAAGGGAAGAAAUCAAAAACACAGGUUGUAAUGAUUUGUGUUCGGACUUAAAUCAACCAAACCACUGUUUCUUUGAACUACUGUUUGCUCUGUUCUGUGUUAGCAUCACCGCUGUAUAUGUCAGUGUAUCAAUCGUACCACCUGUGAAUAAAACUUUGCAUUUCCGUCCA